AUGAGUGAUCACAGAGCAUUGGAGGGAGCAGAUCUCAGCCCAGCAGCUGCAGAGAUUGUAACUGUUCCUGAUAUCACCGUGAGGACGACGUCGGUGAGCGUGUCCUUCACCACGGAGGAGCCCUUCCUCCCGUCCACCACCCAGGCAACAAGCCCCGCCCCCUCGGCCUCGCCCGCCGCGGAGCCCAGCCCCGGCCCCGAGGACGCCGCCACCGCCUCCUCCAGCCCGGCGCCCACCGAGGCCGACGGGGAGAGCGGCCUGUUCUGGGAGCGGGAGCGGGAGCUGGACCGGGAGAAGCAGCUGGAGCGGGAGCGGGAGCGGGAACGGGAGCGGGAGCGCGUCCGGGAGCUGGAGAAGGAGCGGGAGAGGGAACGGGAACGGGAAAAGGAGCGGGAGCGGGAACGUGAGCGGGAGAAGGAGCGGGAGAGGCAGCGGGAGCGGGAGCUGGAGAGGGAGAGGGAGCUGGAGCGCAUCCGGGCCGCCGCCGGCCGCACCACGGCCGCCCCGCGCUCGCCGCCCGCCGUUCCCGUGGUUACCACCGCCCCGGCGACCAGCCCGGCGGAGAGCGCGCCGCCCUCGGCCGCAUCCGACGACCUGAGCACCACAGAAGAAGAAGAGGAAGACGUGUACCUCUCGCCCGAUCCCACCGCCUAUUUCCCCACCGACGUGGAAACCACCCCGGACGAAGAGACGGCGAUGACCACCGUUGCCACAGAGACCACGGCCGAGCCCACCACGGCGGCCGCCGCCACCACGGCCGCUGCCAGGACCCGGGCGCCAUUCAGGCCCAGGGCGCCAAGCACCACGGCAACGGGCCCGGAGAGAGAAACCAGCCCCGUGCAGCCCACGACUCCACUGGACGGUAACGAGGUGGGCGCCGCCGGGCCCAGCGGAGACUUCGAGAUCCGGGACGACCGGCGCGGCGGGCUGGGCCGCGGCGGGCUGCCCGCCGACCCCGACCUGCUGGGAAACACGGUGGACGGGGGCAGCUCCGCCGCCCAGCUCCCGCAGAAGAACAUCCUGGAGAGGAAGGAGGUCCUGAUAGCGGUCAUCGUGGGCGGCGUGGUGGGCGCGCUGUUCGCCGCCUUCCUGGUGAUGCUGCUGGUGUACCGGAUGAAGAAGAAGGACGAGGGCAGCUACACGCUGGAGGAGCCCAAACAGGCCACCGUCACCUACCAGAAGCCCGACAAGCAGGAGGAGUUUUACGCAUAACACCCGGAGGGAGCGAGGGGAGAGAGGGAGACACUCUAGGCCUUCCCCUCCUCCUCCUCUUCCUCCU